AUGAUGGGCUCUUGGCUACGCAAUAUUCAGGGACAAUUGUCAGAAUUUGCAUCUGAAGUACUAAAUGAGGCUACGGAAGAGGUGUCUGAUCCGGAAAGUGAAUUGCAGGUUGCCAGAAAAAAACUCUUGGAAACAGAGAAAGAACUUAGUACUGAAAAAGAGAACGUGCAAAGGUUAAAAAAGAAAAUUGAUAAUCUCGAGGAAGAGCUUUAUGCGAAAAAUCUCGAAUUAGAUAAUAUAAAUGGCAAAUACACUAGUGUGAUUGAAAGUCGCGACACUCAGAUCCGUGCGUUACAGGCAGAAUUAGAAAGAACACAUCAUGUAGUUCAAGAAUCAUUAAGUGAUGGAGAUGAGGACGGGUUUUUCCCAGCUAAUAAUGCUCGUGUUGCACGCAUGAGGGAUGAAAUCGAUCAGCUUCGUAAGGAAGCCGCUCACUGGAAGCGUCUUGUUAACGAGCAAUCAGAAAAAAGUGAAGCUCUGAAGGUGUCAGAAUUGGAACGUAUUUUGGCUGAACAAAAAACGAAGUUUGAAAAUGAAGUUGCGGCAUUAAUUAUGGCUCAUAAUGAAACGGUUGCUGAGCUGAAGUCUCUGAAUCAAGAAGACAGGAAUCCCAAUAAAAAAGACGAAAGUUCCGGAUGCUACACUGAACAAUAUAUUUCGGAGAAUGAUACCUGGAAAGAACAAAUACAUUUGUUGACAGAAGAACGAGAUCUAUUGUUGGCAAAAAUCAAGUCCAUUGAAGAAGAAAAUGAAAUACAAGAGGAUCAGGUAGACAAGUUGACAUUUCAAGCAGUUGAUAUAGUGCUUAGUGAACGGUUAAAUGAAUUAGAACAACAACGUGAAAGCUUGGAGAAGCAAUUGCACGCAGCGCAGGGAGAAAUUAUUGAAAAAAGUUCUUAUAUUUCUCAGUUGCAAACUGAAGUGAGAGAAGUGCACCAUCUCGUUGAUACGCAGCGUGAAAAGUUUGAAAAUGAAAUUAGUGGCGAGAGAGAACAGAGCAGAGCAGAAAUUGAAGAACUACAAAAUGAAGUGGCGAAUUUACAAUUACUGUUGAAUUCUUAUGAAGAAAACAAAAACAGUGAGGAAUCAAAGACGGUAGAAAACAUUGAAAAGCUCGACGAAGUGAUGGGAGCCGAAGUUUCGGAGAGCACAUCAAAAGAUCAAGCAGAAUUAGAUCGAGAAUUAGAAAAGCUCAGGCGAGAAAAUGACGAACUUGCAGCAGCUUAUAACGAUUUGAAUGAAGACUUUGAAAAUCACAAAGCAAAACAUGGUUCUGUCGUUAGUUCAAAUCGGGAUUUGACUGCUCGUAUCGAUUGCUUGAGAGCGAGUCUCAUUGAAUAUGAAGAGCGUUAUGAGAUGUGUAAAAAUGAAAAUGAUGAGACUAUUCGACAGCUUCAAAGACUUUCGAAUGAUUUUGAACGAUUACGUCUAUCAUUUGAAAGUCCAAAAACAAAAAAUACUUCGGAUACUGUGGAUGAAGUUGAAAGACUUCGUACAGAACUGGAUGCCUCUAAAGAUGAUGGUGAAAAGUUACGCACUGAAGUUGAACGCUUUCGUUCGGCCAUCGCUAUUAUUGAUAAAGAGCUAACCAGAUUGAGGGAAUCAAAUGACAGAUUAAUCCAAGAGAAUAAAGCAAUGGGCGAUAGUCUAGAUAAAUUUUCUGAAAUUCAAAAUAUGCUAGAAAACAGUAACAGUGAAUUAAAAAAUCUCCGCGAGAAAUUCAUCCAGCUUCAAAACGAGUAUGAAUUGAAGGAAAAACAAUGGCGAGAACAGCAGUUAGAAUUAUGCGAAGCGCGCGAUGAUGCCAAACGUCGACUGGAGGCAUACCAACGGGAAACAGCAAUGCAGCAAUCACGUUCGUCUGAUAUUGCUUUAUCUGCCGAAAUUGUUGAGUUAAAAAAUGACGAAGGCAAAGUUACAACAAGUAGCGAAGGUACUGUGGACUCAAAUAACGGAUGGGAAAAGAUGGCAGAUUGGGAUGCGAUAGCGUCAACAAAUGGAUCAUCAUUAGCAAAUAAUUGUACAGUUAUGAAUGAAUUGCGUGAAGCUCUAGCAGUUGUGACGGAAAAAACAGAAGAAUGUGAGGAAUUGCGCCGACAAAAACAUGAGCUCAAUAAAGAACUGGAUCUACGGCAAACACGUAUCGAUGAGUUAAUGGUACAGCUGAACGUUCUACAGUCUCAACAAACUACACAUGCAGAAACUUUUGCUGAACUUCGUAGUUGGGCAAAUGAACUAGAACGGGACAAACUAGAAUUGGAACGAAGUCUUGUUCAUACAAAAGAAAAAUUGGACGAAGUGCAAAAGCAGCAGCAGUUAGAUGCAGUUAAGGGGGAAGAAUUAGUAAUUGUCAAGCAAGUCGAUUUGGUACAACAAAUGGUAAAUGAAUAUGAACAGAAAAUGAGAAAUCAGAAUGCCAUCCAUGAAGAGACUUUGCGUAAUACUAAAGCAGAACACAGAAAUGACCUUGAGGAAUUGACGAAUAAAUUGAAAGCAGCUCAAGAUGAGAUAAAGCAGCUGCAGCAACAAAACAAAGCUGAAGAAAGAUACGAACCUGAAGCAGAAGAAAAGUUUUUGCGUUUGAAGACAGAACUGAUGGAAGCAGUGCAAAAGCGAAAUGAGUUAGAGAAAACAAACAGUGAACUACAGCAUAAACUGGAUGAGACAUCGGUGCAAGUGACAGAAGCUGAAAAACUUCGAAUUGAAUUAAUUGCACUCGUAGAACAGAAGCAUAACGAAAGUCUUAAAUACCAUACACAGUUGCAGGCUGCACUCGCUGAAAAAAAAAGUCAAAGCGCCACUUUUGCAACAUACACCGAUAAUUUAUCUAUCCUGAAAAACGAAUUGAAAAAUUGCAUGGAGACACGGGACAAAGCGUUAAGAGAAUGUGAACGACUACGUAAUCAUUUAUUGGUUAUGGAAGAAACAUCGACUAAGGAAGCCCUAGCUGGAGAAGAACGAGAAACUGAAUUGAGACAACGAAUCAGAAUACUCGAACAGAAAACAGAAGAAUCAGCAGAUAGUGUUAUAGAAUCUGCUAAUGCUUAUGAGCGACAAAUUACCGAACUGACCGAUGAGUUGGAUUUGAUGAGGAAUGAGAAAAUAUCCAUUGUCGAUAGGUUACGAGAGCGCGAGAAAACAUUAGCUGAUACGAAAGUAGCACUCUCAAAUUUACAAAAUGUUUUGCGUGAUAUCGGUGUAGAUCAUGAAGCGCAGGUGUUGCAAUACGAAAAUACUAUUGCUGAAUUGAAAAAAAGUAUGGAGAAUUUAAAUCUGGAGAUAGUUCAAUUUAAACGCACACAGGAAACUAUUGAAGCUGAAAAACAACUGUUGGAAAAUAGAACUGUGUAUCUCAAAGAAGAAAUUAUUAAAAAAAAUGCGAUGAUUGAGGAACUUGAAGCAAGUCUUGAGGAACAUGCACAAGUAGCAGUAGCUUCAGUAUCAUCGUAUACUAUUGAUGAUCAAGUGCUUCGUCAACUGUUUAUGUCUUAUUUUACUGCUGAUAAAGACAAACAACCAGAGAUUGCUGUCUUGUUGGCUUCUGUUCUAGGUUAUUCACAAGAGGAAAUUGCCAAAAUUAACGCUGCUAAUCAUUCCUCGUCGAGGGGGUGGUUUGGUUUUGGUGGUUCAUCGAAGCUCCCUCAGCAGAAUAUUUCUUUGGCAGAGCAAUUUGUUCGAUUCCUGGAGAAAGAAUCCUUAAUAACACCUCACUCUCUUCCGGUUCAGCCAUCUGAAGAAAAAGAGACAAUACGUUCCAGUAUUCCACUAAAAUGUUCAAGGACAUCAUCUGCAGCUGAUUUAAACUCAAUAUUGAAUACAUGA